AUGUCGGCCACGGUCACCUGGAAACCCAUUUUGCAGAAUUCAGAGUCUCUGCAAGCACCCAUCCAAGAGGUCGUCAUUUGCAGAUUUCCGAAGAAACGAACCUCUAAGCGUGGUAUCGUAUUUGCCAUCUACAUGUGCUUUUUGCUCCUGAGAUGCCGUCAGAUACUUCUGUCUUCCGAAUUGCAGGCUUGGGCCGCCCCUGGAGGCGGCUCUCUCUCCAAUGAACAGCAGCAGAGAGGUGUCCGAGUGUCUCGCAACAGUCUCCACUGGGUAAAUUUCACUAAGGCUCCAACGAGACAGAGUGGAACCCAAAUCGCAUCGCAUAUUUCCACUAAGGUGCACGUUUAA